CAGUGGAUGCUGAUUGGUUUUCGCGCCACUUCAGUGGAUGCUGAUUGGUUCUCGGGAUGUUAAGGCGUUUCUUUGUCUCAUUGUUCUAGGAAGUCCUUUAUUAAGUCCGUAUAGAGCACACAAUCUGAUACACAGCUGUCUGGAGCAGUCAACAUGGCAGAAGGAAAAAAAAAGUUUCUGAUGGACCACAGAGAAGAAAUAAUACAAAAGAUACGGAAUCCCAUUCACCUGGCUGAUGCUCUGCUAGGGAAAAGACAUAUUCACAAUGAAAUGUAUAAAAAUAUAAAAAAAAUUACAACCGAGCAAAAUCAAACCCGUGAAAUUUUUGGCUAUCUCAAUAGCACAGUUCAAUAUGAUGGCUUCUAUGAUUGGCUGAUGGAGAAUGAAUCAGACAUGUUUGAAGAACUGGAAAACAGGGACCCCGAGGGGCCACAGAGAAAACGUGCAAAACUCAAGAAUGUGGAUGAAACGGAUAAUAAAAUUACAAAACGUCCUGAUCUCAAGAUGAUAUCCACCUUCCCCAAACUGGAACACUGGGUCUCUGACCCCAACAUCAACCAAAAGCUGCUGUGUGGACUAGAGAGAAAGCUUACUGGUGGGAGCAUGGAAGUUUUGAAAAAAGAAUUAAAAGAACAAGAACCCAAAAAUUCUUUAUGCUUUAAUGCUGACAAUAUUGAUGAAAUACGGAAAAAUAAGGAACUUGACACAUUUCUCAAUACAACAAAGGAUGCAAAAUUCCCUAAAAUCACACUUAAAAUGUUUUUUAAGAAAUGUAGAAAAGCUCAAAGCUCGACUGAUCACAAAAAGAAUGUGGACAAAAUUGAUGUUCAGGAUAUUCAUACUGAUGAGAUUGAAGAGCAAUCUCAAAGAUCAGAUUUGUCAAGGCAUAAAGAUGUUUCUCCUUCUGAGCACCAAAAUGAGCUAUUCACCAAAAACGAAACGUUACUAGAAGAUGGACCUGGAAGAACAGACAUGCAGGAUGCACACAUUAGAGAGACAGAUGAGGAACCUCAAAGAUCAUGUGGACCAAAUGGCUCAAGGUAUGAUGAUGGCUUUCUGAAAAAAAAUGAACCAUUCACCAAAAAAGAGACUCCAAUAGAAGAUGGACUUGGAGGAACAGACAUGCGGGAUACACACAUUAGAGAGACAGAUGAGGAACCUCAAAGAUCAUAUGGACCAAAUCUGAGGCAAAAUGAGUCAGAAAGAUGUGGAAACAUGAUCAUGCAGCAAAAUGUGCAAAAACAAAUGGAGGUUGACCCUGAGCAUUUUUAUUCAAAGCAGCUGCCGGAGAGCAACAUAGGCUCAGUUGAAGAUUAUACACAAAUUAGUAGUACAGAGAACUUAGCAAAAUAUACAGACACAACCACACUAACUACAAACAAAAAUAUUGAAGAUCAGCUUAAAGCGACACAAAGGAGGGAAAAGUCAAAAUACCUGAAAAAAAAGAAGAAAGAAGAGAAGGAUAAUCUGCUUCAUGACUGGGCACUGAAACAAUGUGAUGGCUCUAAGGAAGAGUUAAGGAAAAUAUUUGACCAGAUUUCAAUCAUAAACAUGGUAGAACACAGUGAUAAACCAUGUUUUAUUGCUGAAAAUGUCAUGGUGUAUAAGGACUCAACUCCUGAGAGCCAAAUUAUCUUUAUUGCCAAUGAUAAUACUUCCACCAGCACUAAGACCUUGGUCCAUUAUCAAAUGUUUGUGUGCAAUAUUAAGAAAGCAAUAAUCUUAGGUCCUAAAAAACCUACUGAACAUCAGAUUGAAUAUGAUGAGACCAAAGUGCCUAUAGAUAAGUGUACAAGAUUUGUAUUUGAAGCAUUUGCUCCCAUUCUUGCAAUGUUCAAAAUGAUUCAGAAGGAAGAGAAUUUGUACUUUCUCGUCUGAGUACAGUAAAAAAUCUAAAAACUUGUAAAUGAACACUGUAAAUAUAAUGAAUGCCUAAGGAUGAAAAGCAAAUAAUUCUGAAGGUGUAAAAAGAGAUAAAUCUAUCCAAGGCAUUACACAAGCAUUGGGCAUAGCAGGUGCAUGUUAUGGACAGCUUGGUCUAUUCCCUGUCUGAACACUAGGGGGACAUUUUAGCAGGCUUUGUUUGUCUUGUGCCAUGUGCUUUUGUUUUUAUUUUGUGUAUCAUGCUUGUUUCCCCCACCCUAUCCUUUAUCUGUUCCUGCCUCUGCAAAACUGUUCCUUGUGUCUCAGUAACUGCCCUCCCUAUAUAUAUACACCUGUGUUUUUGUGUAUUGUUAACUGGUUUCUGUUUUAGAUCAUUUGUUUUCCAUGUGUUUUGUUUUCUUAAUAAAUCCCCUUUACUUUAUCUCUACAGUUGGGUCUGGAUUUUAUUUGUAACAUCCUGUUUUCCCAGUGAUUAAUUACAUUUACAUUUUGCACCUUAAUUACUUUUGCUUAUCAUAAUACUGUUUGGUUAUUUGAAGGAGAUUUUAUUUGUAAUUUUCUUUUAUUUUACUUUACAUAUAUUACACACAUCUAUCUGUAUUACACUACUUUUAAUAAAAACAAGGCCUCCCAUUGUGAGGACCCUGAAAAGACAAGAAGGUCUAAGUCUGACUCCUUCAUUUAACCCAUAGGCCAAGCUUGUGAAUACUUGCCACUUAAGGUCUUCCAAGGUUUGGGGAUGUGUUUGUAUUUCUGAGCCACUUUUGUAGAGCGUUAAAAACCUUAUACAUACAGAAACAAAACAAAACAAAACAAAAAUUUCUAAAAAUAUCUGCUUAGACCGACUCAUGCAGUUUGCUUCUCAGUUUUAAUACAUUUCUUCUCUAGGAUAAAACUCCUGCGUAAGACAUCUGUAAAUGAAUAUGAGCAUUUCAUGUUAACUUUAUACAUCGAAAAUAAUGACUAAAGUAUUGAAUAAUAUUGUCAUAUACAGAAAACUUACUACUGAUACGUUAAAAAUUGUUGUAAACAAGUCUUCCUAAACACAAGUCUUUAGUUAGAAGUCUUUAUUUUUAAUAAAUUAUUUAAGUUAAUCUUGUGUGGCUCAUGCUUCAUCCUAUGCAAGUGUCCACAUUCAAUGAAAUGAAAUUUUAUUUGUAUAGCACUUUUUACAAUGAUAUCGCAAAGCAGCUUUACAGAAAUAUAAAAAUAUAGAAUUCAAAUGACUUUAUUCAUUAUUAAAAUGAAAAAAGUGAUGGCAAUAAAUAAGUCUUAUCUUGACUUUCUGUUGUGGACAUUAUGUCAACAUGUUACAAUAGAAGGCUUUGUUUUUGUCACAUACAGUAUACAUUACAGCAAAGUGAAAUUUUUUCUUCACAUUUUUACCAGCAAUUAGUCAGAAUGCAGAGUGCGGGAUCAGCUAUUAUACAACACCCCUGGAACAUAGAGGGUUAAGGGCCUUGUUCAAGGGCCCAACAGUUCAAGCCCCAGCACUACCAAUCAAGAUUUUAGUUGUCGGGAUGUCUGAUACCUUUUGGUCAGGGGCAGUGCUUUAGACUCUUAGUUUAUGGUCGAAGGAUUAUAUUCAAAAUGUAUCAAGAGAAAUCCUGACUGCUAAAAUCUUGAUUCUAUGUAAUUGUAAACACACAGGAUGACUGCACAGGAUGGAAAGUAAGAUAUAUAGCGAGGAGUCUCGCUGCUCUUAUAGCCUCUUUCCGCUCUUAUAGCUUCACGUGACCAGUCAUGUUUAGUAACACUGUGCAUUUAAAUUUAUUACUUUUACAUUUUUUAGAUUUAGUUCCAGAUUUGCACAGAAUCUUUUGAAACUUAAAUUUAGUACUUUAAAUCUUUGUAGAAUUAAUUUUAUGCCUUAUUGCUCUGUCUAUCUAUCUUUUUGGGUUUAUCUUUAUCUACUUCAAUAGGAAAGAAAAAAAAUGUAGGUUUUCAGCCUUCAGUUUGAAAUGUAGAUUUUGCAAAGAUCAUAUGUGGAAUUAUUGCACUUUUUUGUGACUGCAAUGAAUUAUUUAAUUCUUUAAAUUUGAGUUUUCUUCAUUUGAUUGCAUUUAUUGAGUUUAUUCUGCCCAUUUACAUGAUCUUUGAUUUUGUUCAUUUGUUUAAAUUUUUUUUAUAUGAGAUACAAGAGGGUCAU